AUGAGCCGAAAACCCAAAAGCUUUAAUGUGAAAAUAAUUACUGAUUAUCAUGGAAAUGUUAUUUGUUCAGGAAAGCUGUUUCUGGGACCACCGCGGCUAUAUCAGGAACUGCAGGAGUUACAGCAUGAUCUUUCUGUGGUGGAGGAAGUCACGUUGUUAGUGGGCACCAUGCAGGGAUCGUACCAGAAUCUCAACACUACGGUGGGGCAGGACUGGUGCAUGGCUCUUCAGAGGCUCAUCCGCAUCAAAGAGGACGAGAUCCAGUGUGCCAACAAGUGCCGUCUACGGCUGAUGGUUCCUGGGAAGCCUGACAAGUCUGGACGUCCAGUCAGUUUCACAGUGGUCUUCAGUACGCCCAGUCCAAUUAGCAAAAUCUCCUGGGUCAAUCGCCUGCAUCUGGCCAAAAUCGCCCUGAGAGAGGAGAACUUGCCUGGCUGGGUGUGUGUAGAGGAUGAUGAAAAGACUAAGCCUCCGUUCUGGUGCCCGUUACUGGCCUGCCGGUUGCCUGUGUUUACCCCAAAAAUGCAAGAUCUGAAGUUGCAGGCUGCCCUGUAUAACCCGGUCCACUGUUCUCUUCUUGGUUUUUCUGCCGCUAGCACAUCCUUGCCUCAGGGCUACCUCUGGGUGGCUAGUGGGGGUGACGACUCUCACGGGCAGGUGGAGAUUUUCUCCCUUAACAGACCCACUCCACGCUCCGUUAAGAGUUUCUCUCUAGGUUCCCCAGUGCUUUGUCUGGAGUAUAUCACAGAGCCCAGCACUGACGAAGAACUGGAAAUACAAACCUCUGAACUUCCUUCCAAGAUCGGUAACACCAUCUGUGUAGGAUUAUUGGAUGGCAACAUCCUGGUUUAUGGAAGCGUGGACACCGCUGCUCAGUGUCUGCUAACAUUUUGUAACCCAGAGUGCUGCCCAGUUCUGUGCCUAAAACAAUCUACAAACUUUCUCUUCGCCGGACUGAGUAAUGGAAAAGUCGCUGUUUAUAACCGAAAGAGUGGAGAGGGGUUGUGGGAUCCAGAUUCCUGCAGACAUGUGGUUAUUGGAUGCGCUCCCGUACUCAAACUCCUCCAAAUAGACGAGUGUGUGUGGGCCAGCUGUGCCAACCAGGUCUCUGUGAUUGAAGGCUCCUCUCUCAGGACUCAGAGUUUUGAAGUUCAUCCAAACCCCAUGGUUGGUGUGACCCACAUGGUGCGCGCCGGAGGAGGGGUGUGGAUGGCGUUUUCAGAGGGAUCAUCCCUACGUCUGUUUCACACAGAAACAUUGGAACACCUCCAAGAGAUCAACAUUUCAACACCCUCUGCAUAUUUGAGCCCUGGUCAAAAAACUGUGUGUGUAACCAGCCUGCUCAUCUGCCAAGGACUGUUGUGGGUUGGCACAGCUCAGGGCAUUAUUGUCACCCUGCCGGUGCCCAGACUGGAGGGCAUUCCCAAAAUAACAGGAAAAGGCAUGACGUCACUUAACGCUCACAACGGCCCUGUUGAAUUCUUGGUUGCCACCUCCAGCAUUUUAUCCCAAGAUUUUCUAAAGCGGGAUUCUGCAAUGGAAGGUGGGGAUUCAAGCAGUGGCGCUGAAGAUAAGGAGGCGACAGAUUCCUUUCAGGAGUCCCUCCAGCAGGUGGAUGGCUCUCCUCAGGCAGAAGCCAAAGCUAAAGGAGUGCUACUGCAGUACCACCUCCGUUCUACCUCUCAGCUCCCAGGAAAGCUCCUGACGGCUCGGCCCGAAGAAACAUCCGACUCGACCCAGGACUCUCUGGAGCACACCCUAGAGGACGGUUCCAUCUAUGAGCUGAGUGAUGACCCUGAGGUUUGGGUCAAAGGGCCUGGGCCAUCAUCUAAGGAAGCGGGACGUAGGGAGAAAGUGACUUCAACCGCCGUUAUAUCCGGUGGAAAAGGGUUCCGUCGACUCGCUAAUUCCUCCAACUCUUCUGACUCCAACGAGAACAUGCUCAUGGUCUGGCAGCUGCCCAUUACAAUUUGAGGCAGUAAUGAAAUCUCCUUCCUUUGGCUUUCAUCGUGUUUUUUUUUUUUUUUUUUUUUGCAGUGAUGAAGGAUUGUUGGAUCAUUGAAGGACAAACAGUAAGCCUGUAUGGCUUAUGAGGAUUAUUUAUUUCACUUCUCCUCCAGAAGGUUUUGAAUUUGAACGAAUAUUCCAGGUUCAGAAACAGUUAAGCUGUGGCAUAACGUGGGUUUGCACGAAAAAAUGUCCUUCUUUAAGAAAAAAAUGAAUCAGGGCUACAGUGAGGCCCUUACAAUAGAAGUGAAAGGGCCCGUUUGUAAAUAUUUUAAGAUAUUCAGUUUCAAUAGCAUAACCAUAGGACCUAAAACAACACGUUUAACAUGAUUUUAGUGUGAAAAAAGCAAAACAAUGCAGUGCCAUAAACCUUCUAACCCUUAACUGACUUUAUUUUGGAUGAUUUAAAAAGCUUUGUAGCUCAAAUAAUACGUAUUUUAACAGAAUAAUUCAUGUUUAAUAAUAAAGCUUAACAAAUAAAUCCUAAAUUGGCCCCAAUCACUUUGGACCUUUGGUCUUAUGUAGCAUGGGUAUAUUUGUCCAAAUUAUAGAUUUUUAGGCAAAAAAAUUCUUUAGAUAUUAAGUAAAGAUUAUGUUCCAUCACGUAAAUACAUCAAAACUUGAUUUUUGAUUAGUAAUAUGUAUUGCUAAGAUAUUAAUUUAGACAACUUUAAAGGCGAUUUUCUCAAUAUUACAAUUUUUUUGCACUCUCAGAUUCCAGAUUUUUAAAUAGUCGUACUUUGGCCAAAUCUCGUCCAUCAAUGGAAAGCUUAUUUAUUCCGCUUUCAGAUGAUGUAUGAAUCUCAGUUUUAAAAAAAAUUGACCCUUAAGACUGAUUUUGUGGUUCGGUGUCACACAUUUGUUUUUUUUAUAGAAAACAAGGGACAAGUUAAAAGUAUUUCACUUUUUUGAUGGUAAUACCCAUAAUGUCACAAAUGCUUUUAAGGAAGUCGGAAUGUUCCUUGAAGUUGAUAAACAAGCAUUCCAUUCAAUAUUCGUCUGUCAUAAUAAUAGCAUGUGCUUCAUAUAUAAUGUACCUCAACUGAAUAUAAAACAAAAUAACACCUUUUGUAAAUUCCACUAUUAACGACUUAUACCACCCAUUUAAUAUAUUUGAUAUUUGAUUAUAUUCUAUCUGCAUGCGAGGAAUCAGGGUAAGCGUUGUUGUUUUUUUCAGAUGUAAUACAAGAAGUAAUCCUUAGUAUGUAUAGGAGUAUUGACUGUGACCCAGUUCUUUCUUGUUUAAGUGAUAAAAGAUGUUUUUUUAUAUGCCGCACCACCAAAGCAGUGUGUACAGAAAAGUAAGGUAGUUGAAUAUUCGGAGUCUGUCUAUUUAAAUGUGUUUCAAUGUUAAUUUAGUGUGAAAUGUGAUAAGAAGAAGCAAAGUCUUCGGUGUAGGUACUUGUGUUUGAUGGAUCUCGUUGUUCGCUGUGUCACUUUGUGAAAAAAAAUUAAGUCAUAUUUACAAUGAUUGAAGUCUCUGCAAUUUUUCUAUUACUAUUUCAUUUGAUUUGAAACUGACUGAACAUUAAAUGGUUUUGAAAUGGCAUUGUGCUGUAAA